CCCCUCGCCGUGGCCGAUCCUCCCCUCGGCAGACCUGGAUCGCGGCAGACGCCUGGCUUGCAUCUACGCCUCGACCGCAUCCCCCGCGUUCCCACGACGACCACCGGACCUGGCGGCAGGGAAGACGCAGAUUAACCAUCAUGAGAAGGUUCCUAGUGACCUGCUGGAUAGCGGUUUUCCUUAUUCUGCUACAAACUGAUGUCUCCCUUUCUAAAAAAGGAAAGAACAAACCAGGCGGUGGUUAUCCACAGCAACCUAGCUAUCCACAGAACCCCGGUUACCCACGCAACCCUGGUUAUCCUCAAAACCCUGGUUAUCCUCACAACCCUGGCUAUCCUGGAGGAGGUUAUCCCAGAAACCCUGGCUACCCACAAAACCCUGGCAACCCUGGAGGAGGUUAUCCCAGAAACCCUGGCUACCCACAAAACCCUGGCAAUCCUGGAGGAGGUUAUCCCAGAAACCCUGGCUAUCCUGGAGGAGGAGGCUGGAACCAACCUAACAGUAAGCCAUGGAAGCCUAAGCCACCCAAAUCCAAUAUGAAACACAUUGCGGGGGCAGCACUGGGAGGCGCUGCAGCGGGAGCCCUCGGCGGCUACCUCUUAGGCAGUGCCAUGUCUAAUAUGAAUUUCCGUUUCAACAACCACGAUGAGGAACGAUGGUGGAAUGAAAACCGAAACCGUUAUUCCGAUCAGGUUUACCACCCAAAAUAUGAACCGUCCAUGUCAAGGGAUGUCUUUGUGAGAGAUUGUGUCAAUAUCACUGUGAAAGAGUUUACUGAGACCUCUGGGAACCAAACACAAGAUGAGAUGGAAAAGAAGGUCGUGACCCGAGUGGUACACGAAAUGUGCACAGAGCAAUACCGGUUGGUGUCGAGCGUUGCUGUCCUUCUCGCUAACCCGUCCAUGCUUCUGAUCAUCACGUUUGUCAUCUGUUAUCUGAUACACUGAGGAGGCCUCCCCCUUGUUGCUGAUCUCACCCAGAAGGAGUAAGAUUUAUACAAAAGCAACCUUAUUCGUGGAGAACAUAUUCUUGCUUUAUGCACCUCUUUGAUGGGAGCGUCUGUAAGAGCUGUUGCAUCUGCUAAGUGUUAAUGAACAUACACACUGCCAAGCGCAAAACCUUCUUCUAGAGCUGUCUUUGAUUCUGUAUCUAGUGGAACAAAAUAGCUGCACAGGAAAGCGACCAAGGUGUUAAUUUUGUAAGGGGUGGGGAAUAGGUCACAAUCCAGCUGUCUUCAGAGCUAAUUCAUCUUAAUUUAACACAACAUGAGCAUAAGAAGCCUUUCUUUCUUAUGUCACCUGGUUACAUGGACUUCUCACUGAAACUUUACUAGCUUUUUGAGCAUUUCUUGUCAUUCAAAAUACAGUUUCACUUUAUUAAUGCAAAAGGCUGAUUUCUAGAGGAGGAAAGCGUUUUCCAAUUCAUCGGUAGCAUCCCUGAGGGUGACUUCUGAUAUCACAUAGUACAGGGGGGGCAGGGUUGACAGAAGGCAUAGACGUCCUCCACAUUGAAAGUCCAAGGUGGAAUUUUCACAUUUGAUCUUGUGGUGAAAUGUGUAAACUAAAAGAAGUGCAAGGCAUAAGCUGCUUGUAAAAACUGCCUCAGGGCCUAAUGGACUAUUGAAUAAAUACAAAAGCAACCUUAUUCGUGGAGAACAUAUUCUUGCUUUGUGCACCGCUUUGAUGGGAGCGUCUGUAAGAGCAUUUUGAUGCUCCCAUUUUUGUUCAGAUUCCAGAAACAGUCCAAGGUUAAGUUAACAGCAAGGCGGCAAAAUGUGGUUGGAGUUUCAGGGACCAGGGGGCCCUUUCACAAAGAUGUGCCCUACGCUCCUGGUUUCAUGCUUUAGCAAACAUGGCUGCCGUGUGGAAGACUGGGUUUCUUGGCCCUCCUUCCAAAUCCACUUCUAUUAAGUCACUGUAAAUAAUUGAUGAUAGGGCUUGAAACAAAGGGCCCAACUGAAUUUACUGGAAUUCAUUGUAUGGACCUCACUCAGAUCUGGAUCAGAUUUUUAUAGCUAACCGCACAUACCAGAGUCAUUUUAAAGUUGGCCUGUAAGAGUAAGCUUAUUGUGUAAAUGGAUAGCACUCAAAUGUGAUUUGCCAAGAAUCUUGUGAAACUGAGAAGUCCAGGACAGGCUUUGAAUCCAUUGGAGAAUCAACAUUUUUGUGACUGUAAGUGAGACAAUGCUGGUGCAGAAAUGGAAAUUCAAAAUGAGCCUAGCCAUGCACUCCUGAAAGCACCUAAAAUAGCAGGCCAUUAAUCUCUUACAUCUGGCGCGAUCUCUUUCCCUUUGGUUGCAGAGUAAGCCGUUUUCACAAAGGUGCUUAACUGCUUUGAGGAUAACAGUUUGCCAUGUACCACAUCUCGGACAUGUUUGCUCAGAAAUUAAUCCCACUGAGUUCUGUGGGCUUCACUCCUAAGUAAACAUGCAUAGCUGGAUUGUGGUCUUCAGGUAUGAAUGGGUCUCUGGAAAGGGCUAAUAUUUGACACUUGUUGGGGGUAGGUGAUUGUUAACAAAUGAGAUGGUUGUUCCUGGUUUGGCUACUCCCCCAUGCUCUUCCUGCCACAUCCCCUCUCUGUUCACCCCUGAAUUGUGCAAGGCUUUGGACUGGGCUAAACUGCUGGGCUAGUGUGCAAGAGGACCAUGGGGCACCAGUGCAACGGUACAAAUUGUUCUCCUGCUCAGGGGAGUCUUUGAACCUGAUUGUUUAUUUUGACGUGUACAGUAGAGCAUAGGAGCACAUUAAACAACGGGAUAUAUACAAUUCAGUAAUCUAGCCGUAUUUAACCUUAAAACAGACAGUCAAUUGGAAGUCUGCAUUCUGGAUUGUACUAAUUCUGUCUAUUCUACCGCUUAUGGCCUCUUGUUUUAUUAGUGGGUCUGUUCUUGCUCAUUUAUAUUUCAGUUGACUCGCUGAUAACACUGUAUGAAAGUAGAGGUAGUUUUUGUUUUGUUUUUUAAGGGUAGUCCCAAUGUAAAGUGUGUACAGUUCUGCUUCUGAAUAUAGCUAAUAUAUGCUGUAUCUUUUGGCAAAACUGCUGGAUGACGGUUGCCCAAAGCCAGUUUUGCGUAUUGCUGCUUUGAUGCUGCUGGAAGAGGUUCUCUACCAGAGCAAUAGGAGAAAGCACAUGCAAAAAAUAAAUAAAUCUGAGCAAUUUGUCAGUCCUUUGUCAUGAGAGCAUUUUGUAACUUUGUAAUUUUGCAUGUGCUUAAAUUUGAUUUUCAGAAGGCUUUUAUAAAAAAAUAAGUGUUUGUUAUUGGAUAUAAAGAAAUAAAGCACGGCAAAGG